CCAAAUAAUAAUGAAUCAUUUCAUAAAUAAUGGGUUUAGAAGCUUAUCAGGGCAGGCGGGCCACUGCUGGGGUUUUAUCUCUCUCGGCCACAUUGCAGUAGUGUUCCGCUCUCCAUACUAAAUAGGAAACUGGACGUGAUGUGGAAUUAGAGCCUACCCAGCUGAAGCCACCCAACACUUACUACAAAUAUAGCCACGAUGCGUAGGCCACAAAAUGGCUCCACUCACUUUUCCCAAUGAAAAGCAAAUGGAUUUAGCAGUUUUAUCCCGAUGCGGGUGUCCUUCCUCUCUGUAAAGUCGUAAGUACCUUGAGGUGGGAGGAGUAAAUUCAGCCUGACACUGAGAGCGCUUUUGUUGAAACAGGAGAGACUUGCGGUGUCCCUACUUAAAUAUGACACAUAGAGAUGGUGAGAUAUGGCAAAAAAAAUGGGAUUUCUCUCGCAAUUCAGCCCAUCAAAAACGGGAAAAAAAUUACCCAAGGCAAAGGAGCGAGAAGGAUGGGCGGCAGCUCCCUGCUCCGUGAAGCUCCCUAUUUAUAUGGGGAAAAAAUAAACCAACCAAACAAACAAACGAACAAAACAUCUGAAAGCGAACGAGGGGAUAUGUGGGAGAAAAAACAUGGCAAUAAUCUCCAUAUCGCUGCCUGCCCUCGGCGCGAGGUGCCCUGUCGCGACAGCAUUCGUUCUAUGGGAGAAGGGGGACAAUGCCGUGUGCGUCCGCGGCCGGGCCCCUUCCUCCUUCCUGCUGUAGUGAAUGCGCGGGGGGAUUGGCUCCGUUAGGGGCUGGUUUAACCCCCUCUCCCCCAAAAAGUGGUUUCGGGUAUAUUUCGCUGUUUUACGAAUAAUAAUAAUAGUAAAAACUAGACAUGGGAGGAAAAGGGGCCACUCUUGAGGCUGAGGCCGCUGCCGGCAGGCCGGGUCGCGGUCGGGCUGACUCCGCAGGUCGGCAAACACCGCAGGGGCCCCCGAUGUGGAGAGAAGUACCCCGCAAAAAAGCGGGGGCGCGCACUGUACUUCCUCCGUUAUUUGGCCGCAUAAUUUAACUCGGUGCGCCGGGCGCUGGCCGAGCCCUUCUCGCUGCACCGGGCGCCCCGACGGUGCCACCGCUCCGCGGGUACCGGGGGAUGGGGGGUCGGGUCCGGUGGUGCGUCCUGCGGGACCGGGGCGCUGCGGGACGUCAAAAGUGCCGCACCGCUCCGCCAGGCUCCGUGACGUCACGGCAGGGCCGCUCCGUGACGUCACGGCCCCGCACGGCUCGGGCGGGGUGGACCCGCAGACCCCCCGGUGCCGCCAGCAAACUCUAAAUGAUUUUAGGGACGAUGGACAGGCCGCCCGCCCCGCCGCCCCCCAGUGACCCCCGCGAUGCCCGCCCCCCCCGGCGGCACGACUCGGAAGCGGAGACCACGAGCGAGCCGGAGAGCAGCCGCGGGGGCAUGGAGGCGCCGGCGGACCCCCAGCUGCUGCUCAACGGGGCGUCCAAGGAGGCGGGCCGGCCCUCCCCCGGGCCCCCCGCCGCCCCUGUGCCCGUCAUCGAGCUGGUGCGCCGGGGGGGCUCCCUGGACAUAAAAGACCGGGAGGCGGCGGGAGAGGCGAUGCAGAGAGCGCCGGGUGCCGAGCCGUGCCGCGCCGCCGAGGCCGCCUGCGAGGCCCGCAUGGUGCAGCUGAGCCCCCCCGCGCUCCCGCUGCAGCCCCACGGCAGGGCCAUGCUCUACAACCUGGGCCAGCCGCUGGCCACCAUCAACAGCGGGUUUUUCGGCGAACCGGAUUCCUUCUCCAUGUACGGCAGCAACCGGGUGAAGCGGAGACCGUCUCCGUACGAGAUGGAGAUCACCGACGGUCCUCACACGAAGGUGGUUCGCCGCAUUUUUACCAACAGCCGGGAGAGGUGGAGACAGCAGAACGUCAACGGAGCCUUUGCAGAGCUCCGCAAGCUCAUCCCCACCCACCCGCCCGACAAAAAACUGAGCAAGAACGAGAUCUUGCGCCUGGCUAUGAAGUACAUCAACUUCCUGGCCAAGCUGCUCAACGACCAGGAGGAAGAAGGAAACCAAAGGGGCAAAGUGAACAAAGACUCUGGGAUAGUCCAGGAAGACCUCCUGCAGGACAUGUUGUCUCCUAACUCUAGCUGUGGAAGCUCUUUAGACGGAGCGGCGAGCCCGGACAGCUUCACGGAAGAGCACGAAACGCUGGACUCGAAGCACACGCGGAGCCUGCACCACGCCAUCCUCCCCGUAGAAGGCAACGCGCAGCGGUGAUGACCUUGGCACUGCUCCCGAAGCGCCGAGGGGGAGAGGCAAGGCCCGAGCGUGAGGAUGCUGGAACUUGUGCUCGCGGGAUCUGUGACUCUGCCUUUCCCCGAGAGCUCGGGCUCGGGCUCUCCCCAGCCCGGGGCGGAGCGGCCGGAACGUUGGCUGAGGAGAGACCAACCCAGAUGGACGUUCAGUAUUUAGGUACGUGAUCGUACAAAGAAGAAAAGCAUUGAAGUCAUCUUCAUUGUACAUACUGCUCAUGUCGUGACCCUGAGGAGGGGGAGGAGACGUGGCCAGCGCCUCUCCAGCAUUUAGAGGGCUUUCAGACCGUUUGAUGACCAUUGCUUUUUAAACAGUCGCCUGGUUGAGGCAUGAAACUCCUCUUUCACUGCUGGCAGAGGCCACUGAUGCUUUCCUGCUCCACGUGGUGCUGGAGACUGCUGCAUCAUGCCAGUGCAGCACUUCUCCAGCCUGUGGCACACACAGCUGGUCUGAACAGGAGCUGGGGCCACGUGUUCCUGUUGUCCGAGAGCUUUUGUCUGUAUCUUUUUAAAGAGGUGAAAAAAUACCCUCAGCAAAAGAACUAUUAAAAGGAUUAAGACUAUUUCUUUCUCUCUUCUUUUUUUCUUUUUUUUUUCUCUUUUUUUCUUCCCCUUUUCCUCCUUUCCCUUCUACCUAACUUUGAAUUGUUUGGGGUUGUAGUAUUUAUGACGUGGGAUUACUUCUGUUUAACACUGUCAUGCAGUAUCCAUUGAAUGAAAAGGUACAUAGGUGUUUUCUGCCACCCUCCCAGUCCCUAAUUCUUCUGCUGGUAACACUCAGCAGGUGAGCUCCAAGCCUGUUGUGGUCUACUAGAGCUUUCCCAGUGGUUUCUUAGGGCCAGAAUUUCUCUCAAGAAAGAUGAAUUUUGGAAUUGGUAAGGGAAAAAAAUACUUGCUAGUGGAGUAUCUCCUUGGACUGGAGGAUUUUUAUGAUCAAAAAGCAACAAAAAGGCAAAAGGAGUCAGUGAUGUAUCAACAGUGUGCGUGUACAUAGGAAUAUAAAAGGGUUUUAAUGGUAUGCUUUGAAGUUUUUGAUUUUAUUGUGUGAAAAUGGUGGUGGUUCAGCUGUGCCAAUGCCCACAGUAUGGACCAUAGUGCUGGAUUUAUUCUGACCUUAGGGAGGUCCUUACUGAUGAGACUGAACUUUGCAGGGGAAGCACUAACAACAGUGGUGGGAUUAGCCUCCAUUCCCAAGUGCUCAGGUUGCUGCAAAGUUGAUAUUUGUGACUGAGAUGGUCCUCUGAUCCCUGCUGCCCCCCCGGGAGGGUGUUUGGGAAACAGAAGGACUGAGGACCAGGAAGCUGCUGCUGUGGGGGCUGGGAGCUGAGGACCAUCCUGUGCUAUCACCACAUCAAUCCCAUCAUUUCCCACCCACCCACCCAUUGCCUGAUGGGGCAAUUGCCCCAAGUCCAUCCUCUCCUUCUGCAGAGAAGGCACAGAAAUCUCUACAAUGCUACAGUAAAAAAAACUCCCAAAACCAACAAACCACACACAAACAUCCUUUGGAAGGGGAUAAAUCUGUUUAAGUGGGGACACCUUCCACCUCACUUGUUUCUUCCCAAGGAUGCUGAGGUACAAAGGAACACAGAGAAUUUAAGUGGGUGUCUGCAAGCCCAUCCAGGCUUAUUUCAGAGCUCUGUCAUUUCCAUCCCUGCCGGGUUCUGAUGCCUCUUUGUAAAUAAUAGUUAAGAGUCUGGCGUGUGGCUUGGCUUAUUAGGUGGAAUUAGUUGCCUGAGAAGGGAUCCUGGCCCGUGUAAAGAUUUCCAAGACCCCAAAUCUUGGAAAGCACCAAUCUCCCCCAUCUUAAAUUGGGGAAAAGGAGGAAAACUUCCUGGGUCUGUAUUGUCCAUGCAUGGGUUUUUUUACUAGAAGGGGUUACCUGCAGGGCUGUGCCAGGGAAGAGGUGCUGGCAGGUGACAAAGUGACACUGAGGAAGAGGUUUGGGCUGGUACUGGUGCCAGGGGUAGGAAAGGCAAGCACUGGGGGCUGCCAGGGGACCCUCUGGGGAGAGAGGGAGAGAGCCAUUCUUGGUCUCAAAAUAACCCUUUACAACCUUUUUAUUAAACUAUUGCAAAACAAAAAAAACCAAACAAACAAAA